AUGGAUAUCAACUUAUACAUUCAUAGUAUUGAAAUAGAAUUUAUAACAAAUAACAAGAGAAUAUAUAAUAAUGAAGAGGAAGACAAUGAAGAUGAUAAUAUUGUUUAUUGUUUAAAUAUCAAAGUGGAAGAUCAUUUAGAGGACAACAAUUCAAAAGAAAAUUUUUAUGAAACUCCUUGGUAUAUGUGUGUAAAAAUGGGAGAUAAGGAAGUAUGUAUGAUGUCAUAUGAAAUGAACAUUACUCAUAUAUUCAAUUUAUUAGAAAAUAAUGAAAUUCUUACCCUAUAUAUUUUAAGAAAGAAUCUCAAGAAUGAUAAAAUAGAAGUUCUUCAUAGAAACGAAUUACACAUUAAAGAUAAAAAAUAUUAUGACAGUGAAAAUUCAAUAAGUUUUGAUAAUGAUAAUAUAAAAGGAAAAAUAAAAUUAUAUUUAAAAAAUGCUAUUGUAUACAAUCAUUUAUUAAAAAAAAUUCAGUCUGAGGAAUUUUUAAAAAAUGACUUUUCAUGGAAAAGUGAAAUAGAUAGUAUCAAAAAUAUGAACAAACAAAUAUUAUUUGAUGACAUAAAAAUAAGUGAUGAUAUAAAAACAAGUGAUAAUAUAAAAAUAAGUGAUGAUAUAAAAAUAAGUGAUGAUAUAAAAAUAAGUGAUGAUAUAAAAAUAAGUGAUAAUAUAAAAAUAAGUGAUGAUAUAAAAAUAAGUGAUGAUAUAAAAUCAAAUGAUCCCACACAAUCCAGUGACCACAUACAAUCCAGUGACCAUAUAAAAUCAAAUGAUGAUAAUUUGCUAUCACAAAAUAAAUAUAUAAGUACCAUAUUAGAUAAUUUAUUAAAUACAAAAAGAACAUUAUAUUGGGUAUAUAUAGAUGAUGAUAAUAAAGAACAAGGACCUUUUAAUAGCUAUACUAUUUUUAAUUGGGUUAGCAAUGAAUAUUUCGAGGAUAAUACUUUAAUAAGACUACAUGACCAAAAGGAAUAUUUUAAAUUAUACCAAGUUAUUGAAUAUAUAGAGAAGAACGUUUUGCUAUAUGGUGAAUACGAUGCUUUAUUUAAUGAAACAGAGAAAGAGUGCGAAGAUAAUUAUUUUUUAAAUAAUAUCAAAAAUGAUGAUGAUAUGAAUAAUAUAUGUAAGAGAGAUGUGUUACAAGAAAUAAAUAAAAUAUCCAAUGUACAAAAUAUAAAUAUAAAUGAAUUGAAGGAUACAACAAAUUGGAAACACAUUAUAUAUAAUGAAAAAGAAACGAAAGGUAUUGAAAAUAAUAUAAAAGAUGAAAACAAAACAAAAAAUAUAUAUAUACAUAACAUAAAGGAUGAUCAAAAUAAUAAUAUAUAUUACGAACCUAUAAUAUUAAAUAAAGAUCAUAUUAUUGAGAAUAAAUUGAUUGAAAAAGAAAAAAAAUAUUUAACUUUCAAUAAUAGCCAUUUUAAUAAGAUUGAGAAAAAUGGGAAACAAAAAAAUGAAGUAAAAAUGUUGAAAAAGGAAAUUAAAAAAAUAAAAAAAGAAAUGAUUAAAUUGAAGGAAACAUAUAAUAAAGAUAUAUAUAAUACUACAUACGAUUCAACGGAUAAGGUUUUAUAUUCUGAUAAUAUAUCUAAGGAACAAAAUAAUUUGGAAAAUACUAAUGAUGAUAUUAAAUCAAAUCAAUAUAAAAAUAAUGUGACAGAUAAUAAAAAUAAUGUGACAGAUAAUAAAAAUAAUGUGACAGAUAAUAAAAAUAAUGUGACAUAUAAUAAAAAUAAUGCUUGUACAAAGCUCAAAGAUAUGGAUAAUAUGAAAGAAAAAACAAAUAAAAAUAAUAUUGAUAAUAUAAAAUUAAAUAGUGAUAUCAUGGAAAAAGAUGAACAUGUGAACUGUAAAACAGAUUCUCACUAUGCUAGGGAAAAAAAUGAAGAGAAUAGAAAAAAUAUAUUAAUACAAAAUCAUACCGAAAAAAUGUUAACAGAUACAUCUUUAAAGGAUUCUACAAAAUUGCUUUCAAAUGUUAUGAAAAAUGAUAAUGAAAAAAAUAUACAUAUAUUAAGUGAUGUUACAUAUGAAGAGGACAAUAAAAAAAAAAAAUUUAUUGAAACAGCCAUGUCUAGUAUUAAUGAAGCUCAAAAAUGUAUAUUAAAAAUUAGAAAAAAAAAAAUGACCACAUUUCUAAAUAAAAUAAUGAGUACUCCUAUUCAUACAAAAACAACACAUUGGAGUUAUGAAAAUUUAAAAUUGCAUGGGAAAAAAUAUAGUAGUUUUAAUUUAAAAAAUGAUGAAAAAAAGAAUAUUAUUUACAAAAAUGAAAAUUCAUUUGAUAGGAGUGAAGCAAAUAUAUCUUACAUACAUGAUAAAAUAAAAACCAGAACAACCAAAAAUAAUAGUAAUAAUUAUCAUAGUAAUUGUAGUUAUUAUGAUUUUCAUUCUUCAUUAGAAAUAUCUGAGGAAGAAAAAAUCGAAAGAAAGCAAAAAAUUGAAGAUAAUAAAUGGGAUAUUAUUUAUCAAGAUCUACCUAAUAAAACAACAAAUAAUAUACAAAUAUAUAUACAAAACAAAACACAAAAAAGAAAAAAACAAAGGAUAAAAGUAGAUAUUAAUAAUUUAGUAAAUAAUACUAAAAUUAUAUACAUAUAUAAUACGACCUUAGAAUGGUUUUUAAAAUGUAUUGCUUUAAUACAACAUAAUAUAAGAAAAUGGUUAGUAAAAAGAAAAAUAUUAAGAAUACAUAAUAUAAAAAAAAAAAUUAAAAAAAAAAAUAAAUCUUACAGAAUAUCAUCAGGUCAUUCUUCUUCAAAUAAUAAUUAUAAUACAAAUGAUCUUCCUAACGAUGAUAAUAUAAAAGAUAAUUAUAUAAAAUAUAACCUUUCAUCUGCAGAAAAUUAUGAAAAAAAUGAUUUCGAACUUGAAGAUAAUAAAUUAUAUUAUGAACAAGAGGAACAGAAGAAAAUAAAGGAAAGUGUAAAUAAAAUAAAAAAACUAUUAAGUAUGCAAAAUAAAUUAAAAUAUAAUGGAAACUAUAAUAAUUCUAGUAACACAAAUAAUAAUUAUAUAUACAAUUCAAAUAUGUUUCCUAGGGACCAACAACAAAAUUAUAAAAAUGGAAUAAAAUACAAAAAUAAUGGAAUUCAUAAUUAUGUUUCCCCAUGUAAUAAUAAACUUAAAACAUUUAAUAACGAUUUAAAUAUGGAGGUGGAAACCAAAAAAAAUGAACAGGAGGAAGAUUUAAAUGUAGAAUAUAAACAAAACAAUAUAUAUGAAUACAACGAAGAAAAAGAAUAUAUUGAUGACGAAUUAUUACAAAAGGAAUAUAAUAAGAACAUAAAAGAAUAUGAAAAGAAAGAAAAGGAAAAACAAGAAAAAGAUGAUAAAAAAAAUAAAUUAUACGAACAAUUAUUUAAAAUGCGAUAUAUUAAUACAUAUCAAGAUAAAAAUGGUACCAUACCAAUAAAAAGACAUAAUAUUGCAACUUCUGAUAAAAAUAAACUUUUAAAUAAUAAUAAUAAUAAUAAUAAUAAUACGAUUAAAAAAAGAGACCAAUUAUAUUUAAAAAAAAAACAAAAUAUGAAUAUUAUGCAUGACCGUUUAAAUGAAAUAUUUAAUAGAUAUAAAAAUCAAAAUUAUGGCCCAUACGACAUGAAAACUAACAAAAAUAAUGGUGAUAGUAAUAAUAACAACAACAACAAUAAUAAUAAUUAUGAUAAUAUUAUUACUGAUCAUAAUAAUUAUGAUUAUCCACAUAAAAAAGAAGAAACGAUAAAAAAUGAUAAGCAAUAUAGUAAUAAAACAAAUAAUAUUCAAAAGGAAAAUUUCCCAUUUAAUAGAAAAGAUAUUCUUUUAAAUAUUGUAAAUAAUUUUAAAUUUGAUAAUAUAUUAAUUGAAAAAAAAAAAAAUUGCAAAUUACAAAUAAACACAGAAAAAAAUUCCAUAUAUUCUGUGCAGGAGUUUCUGAAUAAGAUCAAAGAAAAGGCACCAAAGAAAACAAGUAUAAUUAAUGAAGAUAUAACAAAAAAUGUAAAUAAUAAAAAAUUUAAUAUUAUCAAGUUGAACGAUUAUGACAAUAGUAAGAUUACGCAUCUUCGAAAUAUAGAAAAAGGUCCAUGUGAUACAAAUGUACACAGAAUGUUAUCGAAUAAAAAUUUUAUGAAAAGCAAGGAUUUUUAA